AUGCACUUCUCAACCCAAGCACUCUUCACCACCACCUUCCUCAGCACCCUCGUCCUCUCCAUCCCCCAAGGACCACCUAUGAACGGCGGCGGCGGCGGCGUCCAAGGAAAUUGCAACUUCUUCUGCUGCGAACGCAACCUCGGCACCGGUGGCACCCUCUGCAAAAACAACACCGCGAUCCCGCAUCCAUAUUCCGACGAUUGCUCGACGAUGCCGAUUGGCAACAAGCCGAAUGGCGAUGGCAAGGCGACGCCCGUCUGCUGUGCGAAUCCGAAUUGCGCGGGGCAGCCGGGGUGGUGGACGCCGAUUACGAAUGUUUAG